CAUGUCCAACCGGACAUCACUUCCUGAUUCUCAGUAGUUCGGUAGCUUCAUGUUCUUAGGCACAGAUUUAAUUUACCAGAGGAAACAGGCUGCAAGUGAAGCUUGAAGGGCACACAGCAGUGGGUGACGGAAUCUCCCCAAAAAUGAAGGUCCUACAAAAAGAUGAGCUUGUGAUGGCUGAGAAGGUUUUGCUGAAAGAUCUACCCAGUUGUUUUGAGGUCUAUGGAUUCGUGUAUGCUUACAAUCGGAACAAACCUAGUAACAUACAGUUCAUUGUUGAUACAUGGCCUGAUUUUAAGGUCAUCAUUUGCCGACCUGACCCUGAGAACAAGCUAGCCUUGGAAUGGACAAAAAAGAUAACAUUCCACUGCAAGGAUGAGCAGAUUCUGAAGAAAAUGUUAUUAGAGAUAGUUGACUGGAAUGAUCGUUUUCAUUUUGGAGGCUAUGACAGCUCUCAUGAGGCCAUGCUGAAAGAGGUUUCAUCUAACAGACAUGUCAGAUACAUACUUCUGACAUCUGCCCAUCUUCUGUAUUUGCCCGAUCGUAGUCAUCUGAUCACACCGGCAAUUGACAGUGAGCUUGAAUCAAGGAUUUCAUCUCUCAUGAUUUCCAAUGCUGACCUGGUGAAUCAAACCUGGAAGUUUGGAGGGGAUAAACAAGGGUACAACAAAAUUAAAUCCCUGAUCAGCAACUUGCCUUCAUGCUGCAUCACUGAUGACCAGGGUGAGCCUGUAUCAUGGAUUCUUAUGUAUGAAUACUUGGCGAUGGGCAUGUUGUAUACUCUGCCUGAGCACAGACAAAAAGGGUAUGCCAAAGUGCUGGUCCAUACCAUGGCCCAGAAGCUCUUUGAUCAGGGUUACCCAGUGUUCUCCUACAUUGAGGAGGACAACGUGGUCUCCUAUAAGCUUUUUAAAAGCCUGGGUUUUAUAGAGCAUCCCUCAUACAGAGCACAAUGGCUUUAUUUAAACAAGUGAUCAGCAAACGAUACUAAUUUGGAUUAAUUAGGAUUUCUGAGUAAAUCGGACUAACCAUAUUUUUUAUUUUAGGAGGUAUUGUGAGUAAAAUAGUUCGUACUAAGGGUGACUUUAAUAAGACAAUUUAAAAUUUGUCAACCAGGGGAUCAACAUCUUCUCUCGUCAACACAAUCAAUGUUGUGAAUUUGAAUGAAGUCCUUUUUUUUGUAAUCUCUUUGCAACUGAUGAAUGCCAAGCUCUGAAUAGAGCAACACUUUUUGCACUUUUUUAAAUAAUUGCACUAGAAGGCUGUUCACCAAACAGACCACCUAAACAGAUCAUUUUUAUAGAUAUCAGUGCAUAAUAAUGUGCCACAUUUCACUUUCUGUAACAUUUGAAAUAGUAAUUUCUGCAUUUAGAUCACCCGUUACUGGAAAACAAUAAUGGCAUUAGCAACACCAUUAAGCCUUUACUCUCAUUGCAGCAUAAAGCACACGAUAAAUUCAACCAUUACUUUUUUGGUUACUUUGUCAAGUCUACAGCUUGUUGUAAUCCCCAUUGAGACUUGGCAAAGCUCCUUCAUACACUCCUGAUCAAAAUUUAAGAACAGUUGAAAAAUUUCUAUUGUUUCUAGUAAAGUGCGUACUCAGUCCCAUGGUUUCUUUUUGAAUUUUGAAGCUCAAGUUAUAACCUCCUUAAAUCCAACACUGCAAAAUGUAAAUUAUUGUAAUUUUUCAACUGGUCUUAAAAUUUUCAUCAAGAGUUUAUCAUUUCAUAUUAAUUUCUUAGAAAUUACAUAUGACCAGUUCACUCACCAGUAUAACUUCUCCAAUCAUAGUAAAAAUAUGUUUACAAAUUAUCUAAUGAGACUAACCUAACUAUCACACUUAAGAUACAACAUUAUUAUACCUUCAAUUUUUUAAUAUUUUUUAAAAUGCAUUUAAAAAUUAAUUUUUUUUAUAUAUUAAUAUUUUUUUAAUAUUUUUCUUCACACUUUCACCUAAUACUGUUUCAAAUAUAUUUUGUAAUCCAAUGUGUGUAAUCAUCAUGCUAUCAUCAUACAUAAGUAGUUAUUGUGACAUGGUGUACUGAAACACCCAACUGGUUUUUGUAUGAAGAAAAUCUUUCAGUUUCAUUUAUGUAUGAGACAGUUAAUUAUAAGGUUCUAUGUGGAACUUUUUCACUAGAUAAUCAAAGAAUCACUUACUGCAAAAAACAUGCUUUUUUUAUAAUGCAACACUGGACACACACAAAGAGGAAUAACUAGCAGUUGUUUUAGUUGUAAAACUUUAUUGAUUGAUUUCCAGGGCAUUACUUAACAAUGAGUCAAAGAAAUAAAAAAAAAUAGUAAAAUUAAUAUCAGUUACAGGAAUACAAAAGAUCCAACUUAUGUUUUGGGUAAAAUAAGUAUUUAUAAGAUAUGUUAAAUGUGGCUGCCUCAGGAUAAAUGAAUAACACCAGUACCAAUAUAUUAUAUGCACAUUGCAGCUCAAACAAAUUCCACAAGCAGAAGGUAUUCUCCAUUGAUAUCUUUUUCAAGUUUUUCAUGCUAUUUGGAAAAUUGUGUGCCUUCUUGAUUUUAUACUUUAAACAUGUUGGUUCAGUUUGCACACAGAUGGAAAAUAAAGUAAUCAAAGACAACAUAGUAGUGUGUUUAACCUCUUAACUCAUUGGAAAAUAAAGUUUUCAUUUAUACACUCUUAGUGUACAGAAAACUGGUGGAAUUAACCAAAAAAUGGUCAUCAUAACUGGGUUUAUGUUCAACGGUCUGCAAAAAAUGGAUUCACCUUCUCUAUGAAGAAACAGAGGAGACUUCACUAGAUCUGAAAUGAAAAGGAACAAUUAUGUCAGGCUGACAAACAGUAACACAAAUGUGCACACAUUUAAUAACUGCCAGUUUUCAUCAUAGAAAUCAACAAAAAGACUGCAAAAUAAUCCACAGUCAUAAGUAGCUUCCACACAAGAUAAGACACAACAGCGCCUCUGCCGGCUGCAGUCAGGCAGUGCCUGUGGAUAUUCUCAUUCAUCCAGGUCAUUGUAUCCUCACCGCACUGAAUCAGUCCAACCUGAUUGAUUAAAUGCUGUGAGAAAGCUAAUUCAUUGAUUUUUAUGCCCAUCCCUAAAUCAACCACAUGUAGUGAAUAGAUAUUAUAACCUUCUUUCACCUCUUUUCUAUGUACUCUUCCAGGCGAAUCAACCACUUUUCCCAAUACUCUGACAUAAGCUCAGAGUUCAAUUUGUGUGCGUGGGCGGGUGAACCAUUCUUGUAAGCAACAACAAUGAGGCCAUUUUGCACCUGGGAAAAAAAGGGGAGGGAUGAUGAUGAACCAUAUAAUUUAAUCACUUACGUCUCACAAAAGCGAGUACAUACCUCAUAUUUCAGCAGCCCCUUUGGAACAUAUACUCAAGGGACAAUACUAUAGAGAUGAAACUUUGAUAGACUGUAUAUAUUAGAGUAGUCAGUGUACAGCUUGUAUAGCAGUAUAAUGUACACUCAGUGCACUCAACACACAAUCAUUGUCCUAACAGCUGGCAACCCAAGUGAGUACACCUCAUAGUGAACAUGUCCAAACGAUGAAUAUGUGGUGUUAGCACCAUUAGCAACCACUGCUUUAAUCCUCUUGGGCAUGGAAUCACAAUUAGCUCAUGAUCUGCUUCAGAAAGUACACAGUACAACUAAACGCAGCUUCCUAUUGCUGGCAGCACCAAUGCAGUACCAGACCACGACUACUUUCGUAUUUGACUGUUGUCAAGUCACAGUAUAUCCAAGAUUUUGGUCUAGAGUAUUGUCCCUUGAGAAUAUAUAAUGAAAUGGUUGCUGAAAUGUAAGGGAAUGCUCCCAUUUGUGAGAUAUUGUAUACAUGAAUAGAAGAUACUACCUGGUAUUUGUAUUUUCCAUCAUUGUUCAAGGCUCCUGCAUAGGCUGCCACUUGAAUGGGGUUGUCGUAUGUGUUGCUCAGGAAUGGUUUUGGCUUAUCUGAAGUCUUCCAGUCAAUAACACAUAGAACCCCUCUAAGGACAAAAGUUUAUAAGUCAAUCGGACAUGGAGACAAACUGACAAUGCGAACCAAAUAAAACUCACCUGUAGCGGGCCACACAGUCCACAACUCCCAAAUAGUUAAGAGUGUCAUGCUGCACAGUGCUCUCAAUAGCUCUUGCAGCACUGACAUCUUCCAGUAUAUGAGAGAUGCUCUCCAUGUAUCCCAAUACCUCAGUUGGAUGUGGUGCAUGCGGUCUGUCAUUCCCUGCCAUUAGAACCUCCUCCAGGGCGGAAUGGAAUAGUUUCCCUUGUCUAAACAAAUCUGAUUAAAAAACAAAUUUGAUGAAACGAAGCACAGUGAGCAUAUUUUCAGCAUAUUCCAAAACAUACUUUUUGUGUAUUCUUUAAAGCCUUCCGACCCGAGUUCUGCCACCAUCCUUUUCUUCCAUCUCUCAAGGUAGAAGAGUUGCUCUGAUGAAAGUGUUGCCUGAAGAAUCCUGGUCACACUCGGUAUUGACGACCUGCCUUGAUCCCGGUUGAAUACAAUCCGGAUUGGAGGUCCUGACUCGAAAUCCAGUGUCUCUGGAGUGUCCUCACAGUGCAAGAAUGGAUGCAUGGUUUUAGGGAGCCUGGUCUCUGGUUUUGACGCAGCCUUGACAAUAGGUCCGAACAUGUGCUCAUCCUCAGCUUUAAUUGUCUCGGGUGUUUGAGAAGUGACCCUCGAAGACACGACAGACUUAACAAGAGAAAUGUAGCGUUCACUGUCGACUAAGCUGUACGGACUCGGUCCCCUGCGGGAACUGAGACGAUGACUGGCUGACAAAAAACCGAAAGUGAGGGAGGUGUACUGAAGCAUCCGGACAGAAAUGUCUCCAGCGGAUGGCAAACGUUUAAGAAGGAACAUCGUUGCAAUGUCCUUACACCAAGUGUUAUAUGAGACUGUUACCUACAUGUAUAUAUUAUGAAUAUGCUCCGGAUACUUGCAUUUCGAUAGCAGGACGUGUCUCAACAUGUUUCCUAGUCAGGUGAUUUAAGUGCCCGCCAUGAAGGUUUUCACAACUUUCUUCUUUUA